UCCCUGUGGCCCGCGGUAGUGAGCAUCAGCUGUUCGACGACAGUUUGCCAACCCGUAGAAGUCGCUGCGAAGUAGUGAGCGAGGUCUGUUGUGUUUGGGAUGUGACAACAAUAUGGCUAUCUGGUGAUUAGUAAUCGAGCGGACACGGACAAAGGAGCAGCGCAGUUUUUAUGAUAAUAGACGCCGCUCGCCCCCGCGACGCACCAUUGUUCCGUUGUUCCGAGCGCGACAGGUAGACGAACGGGGGCAGGAUGUUGGAGCUCGAGGUGGUGCCCGAAAGGUCCCUCGGAUGCGAGCAAUGGGAAUUUAUUUUGGGUAUGCACUUUUCUCAGUCGGUAUCGAUAAUACAGUCUCAAGUCGGUGUCAUAAGAGGAGUGCAAGUACUUUAUAGUGACACUAAUCCAUUAGACGUAGAUCUAGUAAUAAAUUUACCUCACGACGGCAUUCGGCUUAUAUUCGAUCCUGUUGUACAAAGGCUUAAGAUAAUUGAGAUUUAUAACAUGAAGUUAGUGAAAUUGAAAUAUUGCGGCUUGCCAUUCAAUUCGCCGGAAGUAUUACCCUCAAUCGAACAGAUAGAGCAUUCUUUCGGCGCGACUCACCCUGGUGUUUAUGACAGCGAAAAGCAGGUGUUUGUAUUGAACUUUCGAGGACUGUCGUUUUACUUUCCAAUCGACUCGAAAUUCCAACCUGGCUAUGCUCAUGGAUUAGGCUCGUUACAAUUUCCUAACGGAACUUCUCCUUUGGUCGCAAAAACGGCGAUUUACGUUGGAAAUAUGCCAGCUGGUGGUAGCAAUGAGGAACACGGAUCUAAGACACCGCCACCACCUUUGCCACUUGUCUGUUACCAUAAUAAUUUAUACUUGGAGAAAGCUGAUAUCAUUCGAGACAAAGCACGUACUCGUGGGCUCAGAUUACAUCUUUUCACAGAAGGUAGUUCUGGAACGAGAGCCUUGCUAGAGCCGAAGAAGCGAUGUCUGACCAAAGAGGUAUUGUUUGGUGAUACUUGUGAGGAUGUUUUAAGCGCGCUCGGCGCUCCGUCUAGAGUAUUCUACAAAGCCGAGGAUAAGAUGCGUAUCCACAGUCCACACGCUCAUAAGCGAGAUAAAACAAAGCGGUCAGAUUUUUUCUAUAAUUAUUUUACUUUAGGUUUGGAUGUCUUAUUCAACGCUAAAACUCAAUGUAUAAAAAAGUUUGUACUUCACACGAAUUAUCCAGGACAUUACAACUUUAACAUGUAUCACCGCUGUGAAUUUUCUCUGACCCUGCCACCUGAAAAUAAUUCCACGGAAUCGGGAAAGCUGAUCGACGUUUCCCCCUCUCCUGUCACGAUCACUGCCUAUACAAAAUGGGACAGAGUGAGCGAGCAAUUAAAGGCGAGCGCGCGACCCGUAGUCUUGAAUCGUGCAUCUUCGACAAACACAACCAAUCCGUUCGGCUGUACGUUCUGUUACGGCAUACGAGAUGCGAUUGUCGAAGUUAUGGCGAAUCAACAUAUCGCAAGUGUAACUUUAUAUAGAACUGCGUGACGUUGAUAAUUUACGUACGAUAUAAAACAUUACAUAGCGCGAUUCAUGACGAACAAUUGUGGAUAAGAAAUUAUACUUUAGCUUUAACUUUCGAGGUCUUGAGUUGCCGGUUUAAAAAAGCGAUAUGCGACGUGAACAAUGCGUAGAGCGCUCUGGGAAGCUUUUUUAAAAUAAUAUAUAUAAUCAAUUAUUUUAGAAUACAAGGUUGAUAAAUAAGUGUUACGUAAAGUGUGAAUAUUAAGACGACUAAACGAUGAUCGUAUAAGAUAUGUAUAAAAUUCAGAAACAAAAAUAUAUGGAAAGUAAAAAAAAAUAUCACUUCGAAACUCAUGUGAUUACAUAAAAACUUAUCGUUUCUCUUGUCAAGCCUUGUCUCACAGCUAUGGAUACUUGAAUCAAUUUCAAGUCGAUUUUAUCUUAACAAGAGUUUCGGUACUGGGUCUUUUUUUUUAUAACGUCUUAAUUUUUCACAUUAAUCUUUACGCAACUUAGAACUUAGCUGGAAAGAUAUGCAAUUAUCAUUGUAAUGCAACAAACUGCUCUAUUCUUAAGAACACUAUCUUUUUUCUACAGGUAGUUAAAAGGCAUAAUUUUAAUUGUAUUACAUAAGUUUACAUAUCUGUACAAAUAAUGCGAUGUAUGUAAGUUCGAUAAUUCUAAGAAAUUCACGAAGAAAUUUAUAAUAUUAAAAUCUCAUGAUAGGCUCUUUGAAGAUUUUCAAUAAGACAUUGCAGUGUGAAUCUUCGUACAUAUAAACGUACGAUAGAAACCGCUAUAAUGAUUAACGAAGAUUAAAUAUGUCUAAGCAUAUAAUUAAAAUUCUUAUUAUAAUUUAUUAAAGAUAAAAAUUUUAUUUAGUCUCGAACGAUAAUUAAUAACAUUUUUCAUUUUAAUUUAUUCAUGUUUCGAUAUUGAUGUCUUAUUUUGUUAAGAAAAUAUUGACUCUGUAUCAUUCAAAGAAUCUGUAGCUGAAAGAAAGGCGAUAUUACUUCAAGACUUUGUCUUGAUGUUAAACUUUAUCUUGUGAUUUUUAUUAGAAAGUGAAAUAAUUGAUAUGUUGUUGUAUUGUUAAAAGAUGAGGGCAUUAAUAAUUUUGUCUAAUAUCUAAUUAUUUUUGUUUAUGGGAUGCCAUAACAUCCCCUAAUUUAAUUCUGAUCUCUUGUAACUGAACAAUUAUAAUAAUUAGCAAGGAAACAAUUGUAAUAGAAAUUAUUAUUAAAUAAAUUAUUCGCGAAAAAUAUUUUAACUCGAGAAUUAUGAUGAGGACAAAAGAGGAAAAAAUACUGAAAAAAGUACUAUAUAAAUUUUUAUAGGCGACAUAAUCUUUUUAAUCAAUUAUAAGGAUUGUUAUUAAUAUAAUCUCGAUACAAUAUUAUUCUUAGAUCAAGUAAGAACGUAAGCCAACUCUCAAUUUUCUUAUAAAUGGUAAAUUUUUUAACGUGGAUGAUAAAAAAAUAAGUCAUGUGAGAAAUUGGUGGAGAAAAUCGAAAUUAUGUAUACCCUGAUUAUCGUGUUCUCUUUUAUUAUAAGAUUGCGGAUUCUCACCCAGCACAAAUGUCAUCCGAAUAACGAAAAAAAAAAAAAUUAGAAAU